GAGUCACCUUGGAGACUACGCGGGAAGACGAAAAACAGAGACUUCUUCUUCUUCUUCUUCUGCUUCCCCUAUUUCCUAUAUGAUAAUCCUAACAAAUCAUUCGCCCGACGACAACAUUCUCCAGCCAAAAUGGUUUCUCAAUUUCAUCAUCUUUUCAUACCAAUCAUAUCCUUAUUAUUCUUUCUCUUCCCGGUCGCCGAACUGGACCUGGCGGCCGACAGAGCUGCCCUGGUCAACCUCUACGAUGCCAUAGGCGGCCACGCCUGCCUGUGGAACGUGUCCAACCCGUACCCCUGUUCCUGGAAAGGCGUCACCUGCAACAAGAACGCUACCGCGGUCAUCCAGCUCCGCCUCCCGGGCUGCCGUCUCUCCGGCCAAAUCCCCAACAACUCCAUCGGAAGCCUGACCAAUCUCCAGAACCUCAGCCUCCGACUUAACUCCCUCUCCGGGCCUCUCCCCCCCGACUUAGGCUCGUGUACUCAGCUGCAACGCCUCUUCUUGCAAGAUAACAACUUCUCCGGCCAAAUCCCGGCUACCCUGUUUGCUCUGACCAACCUUGUUCGAUUAAACCUCGCCGGGAACAGCUUAUCCGGUGAGAUUUCCCCGGGUUUCAACAACCUUACUAUGCUGAGAAUUUUGGAAUUGGAAAAUAACAAUCUUAUUGGGUCAAUUCCGGAGUUGAAUAAUCUCACAAGGCUUCGAAAGUUCAACGUUUCUUAUAAUCGUUUGGACGGUUCGAUUCCAUCAGGUUUAAGCAAAUUUUCAGAUGAUUCGUUUUUAGGUAAUACUCUUUGUGGCUCACCACUUGAUGCUUGUCCUAGUAAUAAUGAUGGAAAUGGUGGUGGUGGUGGUAAAAAGUUAUCCACCGGAGCCAUCAUCGGAAUCGUAGUUGGGUCGGUGAUCGGAUUGAUUUUGAUACUUCUAGUUUUGUUCUUUCUGUUGAGAAAAAGAAAUCCGCCGACUGCUACCCCACAAGCAGAGACGUCUCUGCCUCGACCUCCGGGGAAGCCAGCGGUUUUGGAUAUAGAGCUUGAUAGCCCGAAACCGCUUAUAGUGGGAGAAGCUAGUGGAGAUGGAGGAUCGAGAAAUGGCGAUACGGUGGUUGUGAAUGGUGUGCAGAGUGGUAGGGGUGAUGGCUUGGUGUUUUUUGGUGAAGGGAGUGUGGCUUUUGCUUUGGAGGACUUGUUGAGGGCUCCAGCUGAGGUACUGGGGAAGGGGACUUUUGGGUCUACUUACAAAGCGUAUUUGGAAGGUGAGACUCAGGUGGCGGUGGUGGUGAAGAGGUUGAGAGAUGUUUGUGUAAAUGAGAGAGAGUUUAGAGAGAAGGUUGAGGAUUUGGGAAUGUUGGCUCAUGAGAAUUUGUUGCCUUUCAGAGCAUACUAUUGUGGGAGAGAGGAGAAGUUGAUUGUCUUUGAUUGCAUGCCCAUGGGAAGCUUGUCCGCUCUUUUGCAUGGAACUGCAGAGGAAUACAGAGCAGCAUUAACGUGGGAAAUCAGGACUAAAUUAGCUCUCGGUGCUGCCCACGGCAUUGAGUACCUUCACUCGUUAGGCUCCAACGUUUCUCACGGAAACAUCAAGUCAUCCAACAUCCUCCUCACCGAUUUCUACGCUGCAAGUGUUUCCGAAUACGGUAUAUGCCAACUCGUGUCUCCAAGUUACACUCUCGACCAGAACGGCUAUCGUGCACCCGAGGUGACAGAUUAUCGUAAAAUCUCCCAGAAGGCUGAUGUCUACAGUUUCGGUGUCCUACUAUUGGAGCUUCUGACGGGCAAGGCCCCGAACCAUGGGUUUUUGAACGAGAAAGGAGUCGACCUUCCAAGGUGGGUAAGGUCGAUGAAUAAGGAGAACCAGACGAUCGAUGUGUUUGAUCAGGAGUUGCUCAGGCACCAGAACAAUACAGUGGAGCAAAUGGUUCAGUUGUUACGUGUGGGAAUUCACUGCACUUCUCGGCAACCGGAAAAGCGCCCAUCGAUGGUUGAGGUAACUCGAGAGAUCAGGAAAGUUGUGAUUUGAAAUGAAGGAACGAAAUCAUGGAUAUACGUUUUCUUUUUGUACAUUGAAGCGGAGAAGAACCUUUUUUUUUUUUUCCUCACAUUUUUAGUUGUAGUUAGUGAGGUUUGAACCCCGUAAAAAUUAUGGAAGUACACGGUGCCUGCUAUUUGGCAACUGCGGAGAAGAACCUUGAUCAUCAUUCAUUGUAUUGGCCAUUCUGAUUUGGUGAAAUGAGAUCCAUUGCUUCUUACUUGAA